CGGAUUUUAAUCAGAACCUAUAGUGAUCAAAAUUCUCAGCGAACACAGCACUAAGAUAAAAUGGUUUAAAUUUUCCAUACAAUAAUGUCGAAGGAAACUCCCGCCAGAGGAAAUUCCCGUAGAGAGGAAUCAACAACUUCAAAGCGAGGAGUUUUGUCAAAUCAAAGGAGUCGCAGCGAAACUAGAAGCGCACUAACUCCUAGUAGGACACAGAAUUUAAAUAAUCAACCGGCUUUCAAAAGAGCACAUACUUUUGGUCCAGAUCAGAAACAACUGUUAAGUCGUGAUGGAGAUUUACGUGUAAAAGGGGGAAAACAAGUAUCCUUACCACCAGAAUGUGUCUGCGGUCCAAAUUUGUAUGGGGCAGUGCUGGGUCCGACAGCUGACGAGCCAAUUUUGCUCGGUUUGUCCACAUUUGCAAAGUUGUGCGAUAGCUGUCCCGAAAGGGCCGAUGAAAGAAUUGAAAACGAAAUUUUUGGUCCUGGUUUGUCGUCAAGAAGUUUGGAAAAACGGUCCAGAUUCGAUCUAAAAUCUGGAGAUGGAGAAUCUGAUAUGGAAGUUCAUGGUAGCAGCAGAACAAAAUCACAACCUAGCAGACUUCAUGAACCGGAUAUCAGUUUGAGCAAAUCAAAGAUGCCGCACCAGGCUAGCAACGGAUUUCGCGAUGCGCUUGAAGAUGAAGAAGUGCUUGAUCAGUUCGGACAAAGUUCUGCCGAUUACGGGAUACCAGAGAGCGCAGAUCUUGGCUUGGUGAACGACGAAGCAAGAUCUGUAAGCACGGGUUCUUCCACGGACAGGAUCCCUAUGAAACAAAGCGGCGAAAGCCAAACUCCGCAAUUACAUCUGGAAACGAGGGAAUUUCAAACGGAACAAUCCGAAGAAAUUAAAGCCAAAAUACAGGAAAAUUUAAUGUUGGACGAACAGUCAUACGAGCACCACACCCCUGCACAGCACCCCUCGAGUCAAGUUGUAUCCUCGGCCGUUAAAACGUCUCACGGUACACGGCAGCAACUCUCUCAUAACUCACAUUCCACUAGAAUGACCGAAAUUAGUUCGAAGAAAAAUAUUCAUGAGGCAGAACAGGGUUCUUCAGCACAGCGAGACGCAACUGCAUCUCAUAGUAGUACUCACGAUCCUUCUGCGGGGUCUGCACGCCAUCGCAAAGAAACUCAUGGUCCUUACAAGUUACGGUCUCAAUCAGGAGUUAUCGUUGCGGAAAGUGAAGAAGAAAAGGAGAUUCACUCAAAGGAUUCUAAAUCUAUAUUAAAGAAGGGCAGUACCACCGAGAUCUGUACAUGUUGCGGUUGCGCGGAUAGUGAUUCUUCGCGUUUCAAGGAUUCCUCCACCUCGUGUACAUGUCUUCCAUGCCCAAGCAAUCAGGAUCUGGUGGCCAAGAAGUGCAAAUGCAAAAGAAAAUCGAAAAGCAGUUCUUCAUCCAACAGUUCAAAGAUUAAAAUUAAAGCAUGUUGCGAUUGUUCCACCAGUACCGCCAUAUCAACUACAUCUUCACUUGAUUCCGGGUUAGAUGCUUUAGUAGAAGACAGGGGUGACGCUGUGGAAUACGACGUUAGAUAUGCGAUAACUAAAAUAACUAGAUUUCAUUGCUAUACGACCUUCGAGGUAAUGAAAGCCACAAGAAAGAGACCGAAAGUGAUGCCGAAAAGCCUGGAGGGAGUGUUUGUGUUAAGAAACAAAAGCAAAGAGUAAAUAAAUGUAUUAAAGGGAUUUG